AUUCAGUUGUUGAAGCGAAGCGUCGUCCGCACUCGAUAGCGCCAGAUACGACGCCAUGGUGAGCGGCCCCGAGGCGCUACGUAUCGCCAUCCGCGAUGGAAUAUUGGAAAGAAAGCGUCGUGCAGGCUACUGGACCAAGCGACAGUUUGUGUUGACACCCACACAUCUAAUGUACUUUGAAACAAUGGAAGCUAAAGAGCCGGUCAAUUCCUUUGCGACUAUGGAGAUCAUGGCUGUCCAGAAGAGCAUUAGUGACCCACAGCAGCGGAUGUUUACGCUUGUGUUGUUCAAAAAGAAGAAAGAAUACCGAGCCAGGAGCACAGAGGAUAGAGAUGCGUGGGUAGCAGCACUGGAGUCCGUAUCUGGGAUGAAGGGAACGGGGGUUGUUACUAUACCAGCAAAGAAGGACGAGGUUUUGACUCGAGAUGAGCCUCCAGUGGGCGAUGACAGGGAGAAAGAGAGCAGAGGAGAAAGAGAGAGCGGCAGCAAUAUCCAGGACGUCAAAGACGUGGAUCUACGAGCUCUAUGCGAGCAGAUGAAGAAAUCUUUCUCGUGGCAGAUUCAGAUCAGCAAGUCCUUCUCGUCGAAAGAUGUUGCCGAGUUUGUGAAAAAGACGCUCCCGCAUUUGUCGACUGCGCAGAUCCAGGAGGUUGGCCAAGGGUUUAUCGACUUGAAGCUGAUUAUCCCGUUGAAAUCGCACAUUUUCGAUGCCACGGACCCGGGGAGGUUUAAGUUUGUGGAGACUACAGCGCCGAAACAACCCAAAAACCACUUGAGUAUGGGCGGACCAUCAAUUGCGAACCUCAUGGGCAACCAGCAGUUUAAUGCAAGGAAAUAUGCGGAAGAUUUUCUGCGCAAACACUCGCAGCUGAAAAUCGACUCCCACUGCAAAAAACUCGUAGCUCAGAAGGAAAACACGAUUGAAGAUCUGAAAGAAGAAAUUAGUGCGAACUACACGUCAUUUAUUCGCGCGGCGGACGAGAUCAAAACUAUGGAGAAUAGUGUGUCGCAGUUGAAGGCGUUGGUGUUGGAAUGUAGACGAACGAUGCACACAUUGAAAGGUGUUGCAUUGGAGCCCCCACCCGAAAAAGUUACGCAACUGGACUUCAAAGCGGUUGACAAGAAAGCAGAAGAACGAAAGCAGAGCAUGGCGCUGGACGAGUUCAUUCGCGAUCUUGAGGUGUACCUUUACGAGAGAAACUACGAGCAGUUCACUCAACAUAUUCUCGAGUACAAGCGGAAAGAGACGCAAGGAAUUGAGUCAGCUACUGAAGCUCAACAAGCAAAAAUUGACGAGCUCCGACAUUUGCUUGUUGAAAAGCUUGUCGACGAAUUUAAUGCUUCAUUGCAGACAUCCGAGCGCAUGCACAAGAAGGAGAACCACCUUGAGUUCUUGAUCCAGCUAGGAGAGACUCAACUGGCAACAGAAAUGUGCUUACAGAAUUAUUCGGUUCGCAUUGCGCUCCAACUACGACAUGUACCAUCUUACGGGAAUGCUCUAAACUACGUUAUCAAUUUUUCCCGGACAUUUUUCACCUCGCUUCUGGUGUGUUACGAGGACUUCGAGCACAGUUUUCGUGGUCAAAAGAGCUCCCACUUCAUAUCCUUGACUGUGUGGAUAUCUUCCCAACUUGAACAUUUUGCGAGUGAAGUCACCUACCACAUUUUUCCGGACGAUCCAAGUGCUUCUUCAUCGCGAAGCUCGUCUACCGUAUCAGGUCCUUCCUUGCCAGCAAGCUGUGUGGCGAUCGACGUCUCGGAGUUCAAGAGUGUUGCAAAAUACGUAUCGAGUGCACUCCGAUACGUAUUUUAUGGAUCUCGGCAACUGGAAUUGGCAGGAUUACCCACCGCUCACUAUUUGGCACCACACUUAGCUCGAGGGUUAGUGUCAUUUUUCACGAGCUACUGCGUCGCGAUUAAGAAUACUGUAAGGGAGGAGAUUAAGCGGGAGCGGUGGGAAAUGACGUCGCGGAUGAUUCGCGAUCCAGAGAACAAAGCGGAGCGUGAAAUUGUCCUGACACAGAGUGCGCGGUCGUUUUACACGCUCGUGCAACAGUUUCUGCGAGAUGUACAGCGCGUGAUGAAUCCGUCUUGCGCCACAUCAAACCUUGCGGAGGUUCAUGGGGUUGUUGUGUGGGAGGCCGAUGAGCUGCUUGUCCACUACAGUUUUGAAGAGCUUCAAUAUUUAGAAUCAUCGAAGCUAUCGUCUUCGUUGCGACCAAAGCACAUUGUCGGCAUUCUCACAAACGCCGCAUAUAUUCAAGAUGAUUGUGCGGCGCGGUCAACAAAUAUCCUUCAGGAGUAUUUGCCUAAGGUUGCGCUACAGAAUAGAGAGGUGGAAGCGAAGAACUCAAAUUUAUGGGAGAAACUCGCUGCGAUAGGAGUGAAGCGCUGUGCUCAGUCACUGAUGAAGAUGUCAUUUAGUUGGCAGGAUAUGGAGCUAGCGGACGAGACGCUCCCUGAUGUUUCCAGCUCACCGGAUUCUUCCACAACAAGCUCAUUGUUUGCUGGUGUGGUAGCCAAGGAACUUGCAGACAUCAUGACGAACAACCAGCUCAACAAGGCAGUACGGAAUGGUAGCCUUGCGUCCGAUGGCAAGGACGUCGGGAAGCAAGUAUCAUUUGCUGGUAUGGUGCUCGAUGCGCUGUUUCGUGAAAUGCUGGAAGAUGAGCCAUGGUGGCAAAACUUCAACGGCAAAGGUGGAGCAGGACGCAAACGACUGGGGUAUGGCGGUGUGAACAGAUUCUUGACUGAGAUUUAUGCUCUUCGAGACUUGAUCCCAACGAGUAAAGGAGUGGAAUUGACGAGCAAGAUUGAUACGAAGAUGAUGGAGAUUUAUCAGCAGCUAUACCCUGGAAGGAAAGAUGUCCGUGCUCCUGCCGAAUGGACUCAAACCUACGCCAAACGAUGCAUCGCAGCAGCUUCACGAUAAAUAACGAAUUAAUAGGUAUGAUCAAUUGGAAGAUGCGAGGGUUCGUUCAUUAGAUUUACCAGAGCUAAUUGAGCUUAUAUGACUGUUGUAUUUGUAGAAAUACAGCUACGCCGUAGCCUCAUUGCCGGUAAAAUAAGAGACCAGCGAGUUAACUUCCACGAAGGGGUUCUGAGGGUUCUUGGCCUGUAUAGCCUUGAUGGCCGUGUCCACUUCUUCCUCGGUGAAGAGUUCAGUCUCUCUCUUUAGCACGCGAGAGAUGUAACGAGCACUAACGGUUCCUGGUUCCUCUUCGUGGUCUUCCACCAGGUUCAGGAUCAUGUUGCGCUGGAAUUCCGGUCUGGUGGAUGGGAUCUUUCCAUCUCGGAAGUUGUGCAGAUUGAAGACGCCCAUGUGCUUGGCGAUGUAGCCGUGGUAGUCGACCUCCAGCUCCUUCAAGAUACCCGAACGGAUGUCGUACACCAUGCCGUGAAUACGAGGAGCUCCAUAAAGACCCAUGCGACGCUGCACCAUGUUGAUCUUGAAGAUGUUGAGGCACUGCUCUUGAAUGUUCAGCUCGACCAGGCGACGCUCACGCUCCUCGUCGGUCUUGUACCGACUCAGUUCAUCCUUGUGCGUGCGACACACGUCUCGAAUGUUACGCAGCCAGUUGUCCAGUAGUCCGAUCUGCGCGUUUUUCAAGGCGGCCGUCACUCCACCGCAGCCGUAGUGGCCACACACGAUAAUGUCUUUGACUUUGAGCUUCUCGACGGAGAACUGCACCACCGACAGCGAGUUGAUGUCGUUGCUCACUACAAGGUUUGCGACGUUGCGGUGCACAAACAUCUCGCCGGGGUUGAGGCCGGUGAUCUCCUCGGCUGGCACACGCGAGUCCGAGCAUCCGAUCCAAAGGUAUCGAGGAGCCUGGGCCUUCGCCGUGCGCUCAAAGAACUCGGGGUCUUUCUGAAGCACCUGAUCGCGCCAUUUGCGGUUGUUCGCGAACAAACGUUGCAGCGAAUUCGGGUCGUGAUCGAUGCAGCUACUGCUGUGAUCAUGUUUCAGAGCUCCACGGGCGUCUCCCAUUGUAAUCGUAGUUUCGGUUGAGAUGGUUCUCUGCAGUAGGAAGAAGUUGGAAUGAGCUCAACGCGGUUGCAACAUGAACGGCCCCUCGCACCAACGACUGGUACGUUGACAAUUGCACUAUCUCAUCCGUUUUUAACGGAUCCCUUGCCAACGAUACCUCGAGGUUUCACUUCGCAAUUCGCCGAUUGGUUAUUGUGGGUUAUGAGUUCACCUCAGCUCCUCUUCGGUGGAUCUCUCUUCUCUGAUGCAAAGCACUGGGUCGAGAAUGGGAGAUGAGGUGCUCUCAUACGCUGACUACGGACGCGACGUCGUGCUCAAUGGAAACUAACAACAACGUCGCAGCCUGUGUUCGUGGUGAACCACAUAGGUGAUCAAGAAGAACACCAAAGACGCGAUGGACUUGAUUACCCCUUGCGUGAACACAAAGAGCUACCUGGAAGAUCCCCUUUAAAAGGGACUACGGCCUGGCGUUCAGGAACGUAAGAUGACGACGAACUGAGGCAGGAAAGCGGAAGACGAACGACAGUUGAAAAGAACGAAGAGCAGCAAUGCAACGAAGUACGAGGAACAACCGAAGGAAAAAUUGUAGCAAGACAGACAAGGAAUGAUGCCUGACAGAGCAUCUACCGUUGCCAGCACAGCAAAACACGAGCCAACUUUGGGGUAAACAGCUUGGAGAGAAUCGAGGAUACUUUGUCCUGGAUGGAAAAUUAACUUAGGACAACCGGAGGGGAAAUGCAGCAAGGCAGACAAGGAGUGAUGCGAGACAGAGCAUUUACCGUCGCUAGCAUAGCAGAAGCACGAACCAAAUACGGGAUAAUCAGCUUGGAGAUAACCAAGAAGACUUCGUCCUUUAGGACCAAAAAAAGAGGAAAUAAAAACAACAACAAAAAAAAUAAAAACGAGAAGCGAUGUUCAUGCAUUUGAAACACCACUCCGUACUAUUGAUUUCGGGU